UUGCUCUCCAUGCUGCUGGCGCAAUGUGAUGCUGCCCUCUUCUGUGCGCGCAGUUCGCAGCGAUGUCGCUUUUGAAAGAGGAGGCAAACGAUCCGCACACGUGUGGAAAUACAGAGCCCUGUUUGUCCUGCUGGCUUUGGUUGGGGUCUUCAGAGUGAUCUGGGUGAAGAAAGAUGGCAUGUAUUGGCUCCUGACUAUCAUCUUCCUGCCGCUUGUCGUUGAAAUGAUAAUAACUCUUAAGCGGCGUCAGGGACAGGAUUACAAAUGGUUUUCGCCCCCCAUCUUUCUGUUUCUCAUCAGUAUCAUUCCCUCUAUCUGGAUCCUGGAACUCCACCACCGGCAUGGCUUAGUCAGUGAUCCGGAGUGCCAAUCGCUUGACUCUUGGGACAGUUUGCGUAAACUGAUCAGUCAGAACAAGACCUUAGGAAACCAAACAAACAAUGAUUACCUGAAGACAUUCCAAAAUGUGUUUUCCGCGGUCUGUUCGAAUGAAUGGAUCCUGGCUCUUCAUCAGUUGGUGCUCAUCCUCCUCAUUUUCGGGAAGUGGCUCCUCCCCAUUGGAGGCGGGGUCUCAAAAGGCGAACUGUCUGAAAUUCUACUAACGUUUGUUGGCACUGGGGCUGACAUUCUUGAAUUCAACAGUGAGACACUGAACGAUAUCAAAGAUAGGAGGCACCAUGUGGUCUACAUUAUCUUGGGUGUAUGGACCUGGAGUAUGCUGCAGUUUCCCAUACAUCCGUCCGCGGCGAAUUCUGCAGGAGAGAAUGAAGAAAGUGAGGACACCCAUGAAGACUCCUGGUGUGCCAACCACAUCAGUGACAUAUGGAGCAUCGUGCAGGCUUUGUUAAUCCAAGAUGGCCCUUUCCUUGUGGUCAGACUCACUGUCAUGACCUAUUAUAGAGUCUUCAACCAGAUGCUGGCUUUCUUUGCUUUUAAGAACUUCCUGGUGUUCAUACUGAACCUGUACAAGUUGGCUGUACUGAGUCAGCACUGCAGAUCCUGCAGGCAUGACCCGGUGAGGGCCAGCGAUGUCCCGUGAAUCUGAGAUUUUUGGGAUAUUCCUGGAAAUGAAGUGAUAAAUCGACUCAACUCAUGUUACAGUAAAAACCGGAAGAGGAAGAGGAAGAGAAGGAAAUGCCUACAUUCUGUUUUCUCCUUGUAAUGUAUGUACAGAAGCAAUGUAGGUUUUUGUGUACUUUUCAAAGUAGAGAAGUGAACUGUACAAUUCACAUCUGACUCAAAACUCAUUUAGAAAAACUCAUACCUCAUCCUAAUCACCACUUAGCCUCACUGAAAUUCAGUCAAAGCAUGUUACUAUUUAACUACUGACAUUUCAAAAGAGUGGACACAUAUUACGUGAACUGCUAACAUUUUGAAUGAGUGAAUGUGUCCAAACGGAUGUGAUAUAAAUAUCUGGAAAAAGUCAGAGAAAACUGUGUUGUUCAAUAGCAUACAUCCACAAAGGAAACAGAGCAGGAACAGGAAAAGGAACCAGGAGGGAUGUUUAAGAGUAAAAUAUGCAGAGGUGGUAGAAUGUAUUUUGACCUGAGCAUUAGAAAAAAGACCCAAAACGAGAGCUUUGCUUUCCGUCGUUCUAACAGUGACUGAACCACACAG